ACAGGAAGUAGUCUGACCCUACUGUGUGUUUGUGUCCACGCGGGUAGAACAAACGAUAGAAAAGUGAAGCAUUUGGACGUUUUUUUUGUUAUUUUUGGAAAUGUUAACGCACUAAAAAUUUCUUAUCCGAGUUUCGGGCAGACUGCUCGGUGGUAGUUUGUGGUCGGAGUACGAAGUCCCGUGGGACCAUAGUCGUCUAACUCAAUUCUCGAGGGCACCGACUGCCGACGUACCGCCAGCUUGGCCUCCAUUUGCUCCACAUCGCAAGCCACCCUCUUCUCUUCGAUAGCCUCAUCUUCCCAGGGUACCUCCAAGUCACAGCAGACAUCUCAGAGAGACCAGUGAAGGUGUCUAGCUCCAUCUCCGCCAUGAGCCUUCAGGCGGACUCAGCCUCCUCCCACAGGAAGAGGGCGUGGUCUGACGUUCCUGCCCUUGGUGACAUUGACACACCUCCAAUGAAGAAGACAAAGAAGAAGAAGAAGAAAAGAGCAAAAGAGGAUAAAGAAGAAAGCGCGGUUCUUGCUGACGCGUACACCAACGAGCAGAAGGAGGAGACCCUGGUUCCCAUGACAACCAAGGAGAUAGAAACAAGGAAGGUGAAGAAAAAGAAGAGGAAGAGUGUGGUUGACGUUUCCACAGCAGCAGCAGAGCAGUCAGUUGCCACGGAGAUGAGUGGUCCACGGGAGGAAAGUGUUGCCAUGGCAAAGAGCAACCACACAGAAACCAACAUCUACGUCUCUGUGGAAACACACAAGAAGAAGAAGAAGAAGAAGAAGAGGACGAUGACCACAGAAGAAGUGAAGCAGGAUGAUGAUGAUGAUGAUGAAGAAGAAGAAGGCAGCAAUGACCAUGUGUGCUUUGAUUUGGUGAAAGAAUUAGAGGAGUUUGUUCCAGAUGUUUGGAAAAAGUCACCUCAACAGAUCCAGAAACUGCUGCGAUAUGACCUGCACAGGUUCCGACUCUUCAAGCAACAAGGUGUAGCUGUCCGUCAUGGGCGCUUCACACGAAAAGAGAAUCAGCAAGUCCAAGACAACAUGGAGGACUUCCUGGCUUUGACGGGCAUUGCCUCAGCCAAUCAGCUCCUCUACCCUCAACACUACCCGGAACAGGAGGCUGACAUCAGGAAACUCCGAGUGCGACAUUGCUUCCUGGCGGCCAUAGCAAAGGGGAUCCCCAGGGUGUCCUGGCAGGUGUUCAUCAGAGCUAAAAAGCUUGACAGGAUGAACCACCUGGGAAGGUUCUCGGAGGAGGAGGUGGCUCAGCUGGUGAUGCUGCAGUCUUUGCAUGGUAACAACUGGAGGAGGAUCUCCGAGGUGAUGGGUCGCAGCAUUUACUCCUUGCAGAAACGAUUCCAGUGCAUUUCAACCUGUCAAGGAUCCUGGACUUCGGACGAGGAGUCUCGAUUGAAAAGGGCUGUCAUGGCUCACCUGGUGGUUAGGGCCCAGAGUCCAUCAAGUUCUGGUCUGACUCGGGAACACCUGUGUAAUAAUUUGCCAUGGAAGAAGAUCAGCCAGCAGGUCCAGACCAGAUACUGGAACCAGUGCCGCAUCAAGUGGUUCAGCAUCCUGAGGAACAAACUGUCAAAAGGUUGCAACAAAAGGCUUGAAGGACUGAAGGCCAAAGUCCAGCUGAUAGACACGUUGUACAACAUGAACAUUGAUGACGCAGCCGAUGUGGACUGGGACAAGGUGGCUGACAGUCUCAGCACCACUCCAGUUCAUGUCCAGAGUAUGUUUCAAAGCCUGAAAGCCUCCCGAGUUCCCAACUGGUCCCGCUUAUCCUAUGGGGAGAUCAUCGACUUCCUGCACGAGCACGAGAUGCCGCGCCUCAAGGAGAAGCUGCAGAAGUGCGGCGUCCUGGAGGCGGAGCUGAGAGUGCACGGGACGGACGCGGCACCGCUGCUGGACUUGUUUGCGCUCCAGGAUGAAGACCUCACUGAAGUGGACAACACUCAGCGGUGCCGUGGCCAAUCACGGAAACUGUUUGAAGACUGACAGUUUAAGCUCCGCCCGGUUGCUGUGAACAGGAAGUGAUGUCGUACUGGGGCUUUUAUUGUGAAGAUGGAAUCACGCAGUAGACAGUCUUUACAAUCCAGAGAUUUCUGCCAGAAUAAAGUGUCAAAGUCAA